GGUAGACCGUCGACGAAAAUAUUCAAGACGUGUCACAUUUGAAUUCCAUUUCAUAUCUUUUUGACAUUUUAACAUAAUAUACACAUUUUACUGUUUUUUAUUUUCCUAAAUAUAUAUAAUUAUGAAUUUAUUUUUGAGGUCUUGGCAAAAUGAACGAGGGUAUUCUAUGUUUCAUUGACAGGAUCUUCAUAUGAUAUCAGUAUCAAACGGAAGGAGUGUUUCUAUAAAAAUAACAACAUAUAUAAAACCUUCGGAUCUUAUCGGGAAAGCCAAAAUGGAUGACAGAUCACCAAAAAAAUGUCAAAAGAGUCAAAAGUACGUUUGUUCUUUGUGUUUGAACAACAGAGUGGAGGGGAAAGGUAGCGAGUGUUGCAGAAGAAUACCGAAGAGCUGUCCAAUAUGUCAGAAGACAAAAGAAAGCGCUUUAAAUGAAGUAAAGAAAGAAAAAGAUGUGAGAGACAAAGGCGUGGACAUGAAAGAAGUCCCAAAUAAGGAUCCUAAUGUAAAAACAGUGCAGACUUCAGACACAAACGUCGCACAAGGCCUUAGUCUUCUGAACGAAGUCCUAACCGUAUUCCAAAACAAAAAAGUCGACAUGAAUAAAGAGAAAGUCAAAUCUGGUCUUCUAAAAGACGUAGCGGUCGCAACAGAUGACCAAAAUGAUGACAAAAACUUAAAAGAUCGAGCCAGACUAACCGUCAGCACGUUCCAAUAUUCUAUAGAGGAUUCUAAAAGGUGUCAUGAAAAUGGUAAAUUCAUUAUUGUAAACUCCAGCCAACCAGAAGUAGUAGGGUGUAGGAACUCAGUGGACCUUAUCAAACAUAAAUCUUCUUCAAUACCACAGAUGAAAUUGGAAGAGUUAAAGUAUUCUCUCAAAGCAAAGUCUCGGUCAAAGGAUGCCAUUGAAGAAGUGAACAGACUCUUCGCUACUGUUCGGAAGCCUAGCCAGAAGAUAUCUGAUGCAUCCAACCGUCCAAUGGUGAGAAAUGGUCCAAGAGUCCUACCCGUUGUUAAUAACAAUUACAGUUUAUAUGCGGAACCGAAUAAAAGGGACCUCGGCUUUGAAUGCGUCAACCCUCAUAACAGUUCGUGCAAAGUUUGCCAAACUUGCAUGUCUAGUGGCGACUCUAAUACCAAGAAUGAGUGUUGCCAUCCUGAUAAGCAGAGGUGUGACAAGUGCGUCUAUAUGCUGUGUUGCCAUUAUGAAAAACAGCGUAAAGUGCAGACUGGGGUUUUGAUUUGCGAACAUUGCAGGGAAAUGAAUGAGGAAUAUUGUUGCCAGCACGAUUGUAUUGAAGACAGUGGGUAUAACUGAAUGGACAGAGUUUGGCUGUUGGCAACACUAAGCGUUGUUGACAGUAGUGACAGUUUUGAACGAAAGUGUCAAAUUAGUUUUUAGACGAAACUUUAUGGUGAGGUCUGAUUGUGGUUUUUAUAUUUACUGUUGUUUUUAAAUAAAUAUCGUUUUUAAUUCGU